AUGGCGGCAAGGCUGAUGGACAACGUGCGAUCCGUUCUUGAAGGGUCUGUAAGGCAUUGUGUUGGAUGGCUUGACAGCAUGGUUGCCUUAUACUGGAUAAAUGGAAGUGGAAAUUACAAGCAAUUCGUAGCAAAUCGGGUAAAGGUGAUUAGAGAAAAGAAUUACAUUUCAUGGAAGCACGUGGGAACAAAAGAUAAUCCCGCCGAUAUUGGAAGCCGAGGCUGCAACGGAGAUCAGUUGUAUGAAAAAUGGCUUGAAGGACCAAAAUGGCUUUCCGACCCUGAAAAAUGGCCAAAGGAAGUAACCAUAGAAGCUACAGUUGAGACGGAAGCGGAAGUAAAGAAAUGCAAAGAAGUCUUCAUGCCUGCAGUUCAACUAGAGGAGGACAGAUUUUCAGCAAUCUUGGCGAAGUACCCCUAUUGGAAAACCAUGAGAAUAACAGCAUGGGUGUUCAGGUUCGUGUAUAACCUCAAGAAAAAACAGCAACGUCGACGGGGUCCACUCACGACUAACGAGCUACAACCACAAGUUCUCUGGUGGGUGAAAAGAGAACAGCUGCGCUUUGAAAACUCGGAUCAGAUGAGAGAAGACACUCAACGCUUAAACCUUAAGAAAAAUGAGGAAGGAGUGCUGGAAUGUCGCGGAAGGAUGCAAGGAGAAUGCCCGAUCUACAUUCCACCAGAGUCCGAAUUAGCAAAGAAGUUGGUCAUGCACGAACAUUUACGCACUCUCCAUGGGGGAGUCAGUCUGACAAUGACUGCGGUGAGGGAAAAUUACUGGAUACCACGUCUUCGACAACUCACAAAAAAGGUCAGAAGCAGAUGCAACGGUUGCAAGAGGCUCCAAGCGAGUGCAUUCGCAAAACCACCCACUGGCAACCUCCCAAAGGACCGCACAGAAGGAUCACGGCCAUUCCAAGUCAUAGGUGUGGAUUACGCAGGUCCGUUCAUCUAUAAGAAACGAGCAGGUAAAGAAGGAAAAGCGUACCUACUCCUCGUGGGAUGCAGCCUAACAAGAGCGGUUCAAUUGGAGAUGCUACCAGAUAUGUCAACAGAAGAAUUCAUGCAUAGCUUCAAGAAGUUAGUUGCUAGACGUGGCAAGCCAGAUAAGGUGUACUCAGAUAAUGCCAAGACCUUUGUGGCCGCAGCCAAACGUGUGCGAAAAAUCUCAAAAUAUGGACAAGUUCAUGACUAUCUUGCCAAGAACAAUAUCAAGUGGCAAUUCAACCUAAGCAAGGCCCCUUGGUGGGGUGGACAGUAUGAAAGACUGAUAGGAUUGGUGAAACAAGCAUUUUAUAAGGUAGUUGGUCGAUCAAGCCUCACAUGGAAAGAAUUGGAAGGGGUAAUCCUUGAUGUGGAGAUAUGUCUAAACAAUAGACCUCUAGCGUAUGUGGAAGACGACCACGAAUUGCCAAUUCUUACACCAAAUGCCAUGAUAACUGGCCAACCGUCCGUCUCAGUGAUUGAAAAUGAUGAAGCAAGUGAAGAAGAGGAAUUAAGGAAAAGAGCAAAACAUAUUCAGCGAUGUAAGAAAGCCAUAUGGAAGAGGUGGACGGGGUAG